AGAGGGUGUGUGAGCCUGUGUGUGUGUGGGGGGGGGGGUGCACAAGUAUAUAUUAGGCGAUGGGAUAUAAACACGUAUGUAUGAUUUGUUUUGUUCAUCUGGAAAGCACUUUAUCUUGUGCUAAAUCCUGAUAAUGGUUUGCGCUAUCAAGAUCCUACAAGCCAUGACACUUCUAUGCGGAGACGCAUCCACACUCGAACAGCAGAGCAAGACAAAGCCUUCAAAUUCUUGGAAAAUGAUCCAAUUUUCCAGCAUAGGGAUGGUGACAUGACUCUAGAGGAAGAGAGGCGGAUAACUUACAAACGUGUUAGAAGGCUCAUGAGUCAUGAUUUUGUGGAUGAAGAUGAGAUUAUGUAUGAUUAUAGAAAGGCUCCAGCCCUGAACAUCGUGAUUGGGGGUUAUGAUUGGUCCUUAGCUGCCCGGAAGGGACUCUUGACAAAUUUCAUAUCUUCAGGAAUUAUGGGUCUUGGGACAGAGAAGCAUUACCACUAUCUUGAUGCUCUCAAGAAUUUUGAGGCUGUUGCCUACAACAUUUUUAUGGGAGGUUAUGACUGGUCUCUAGCAACAAAAAAGUUGCUCAGCCAUGAGUUUUUCAUUUUGGGAAUCCAUGGGCAAGGAUCAUCUUGUCACUUGAUAUAUGCAGAAGCCAUGAGAAACCAUGAGGAAGAGUCGUGA